AUGCACAUUUCGGCUCGCCACCUGCCCGUACUGCUGGCUUUGCCCGCUGCGGUACGAGCCGUCUUUCAAGAUGAGGUCAACCACAUAGAUUAUCACCACGAGCUCCUCGGAGUCCCGCUACGCGAAACCACCUUCUUCCACCGCCCAAGGCCAGACGAGAAAGCUAGCCUUCUCUACACAUUGAGCGACCUCGGUGUCCUCGGCGCCGUAAACCCCAGCAGCGGCGCAGUGGUCUGGAGACAGCUCCUCAACAGCACUACGGAGGCGCGCGGCAACCUAAGAGCGGCCGAGGAUGCCAACUGGGUCGCCAGCGCUCUGGGAAGCUCCGUUCAGUCGUGGGAUGCCUUGACGGGUCGCAAUGCAUGGUCAUUGGAUUUCACGGGCACGGCCAAGGACCUCGAGGUUCUGGAGCUUGCAGCCAACGAUCGAAAGGACGUUUUGGUUUUACAUCAAGAGGAGGGCGCAACAGUGGCCAGAAGGAUUCACGGAAGCGAAGGGCGAGUGAUAUGGGAAUUCAAGACUGUCACCGAUGACAUUCCGCUACAAGUCAGCACCGACUCUGAAAAGAUCUUUGUCGUCAGCCUGCACGGAUCUUUGCUGUCGUACAGUUUGAAAGUCGCCGUGCUCGAUCCGUUGACCGGAAAGCGACUCGACGACAUUAGCAUUGGCACCAAGGGCGAGGUCCAGAAGGAGGAGGAUGUCAUGUUUGUUGGUGCCAACUCAGCUGCGCCCAUUGUCGCCUGGACAGACAAUGCUCUGACAAAGCUCAAGAUCAAUGUCCUGGGCACCAAGAGCAAGGUCGAAUUUCCACUGCUCCCCGAAACUACAUCCGUGGAGAUACAUGCGCCUCACCACGUCCAGUCUCUGCCUCAUUUCUUGGUGCAGAGCCGGACCAAGCUCGCCAACAAGGCUGAUGUCUACCACGUCGAUCUCAAGACUAAUGCUGUUACCAAGGCCUACGAAUUGCCCCUCCUGGAUGGACAGAGCGCCUUCUCGACCAGCACUACUGGUUCAAAUGUUUACUUUACCCGCGUGAGCUCUGACGAGGUCAGCAUCACUUCCUCGCUUUCCCACGGUGUCUUGGGUCGAUGGCCCAUCAGGGAUGGUGACGUGAAUGCUGGGGCUCUCCACGCCGUCUCGGAGGUGAUCAAGAAGUCACAAGACAACUUUGCUGUCAGAUCAGCGAUUGUUCUGGACUCUGAUGAUUGGGCUAUGAUUCGCAAUGGCGAAGCUGGCUGGGUUCGCCCCGAAGGUCUAAGCGGUGUAGUUGCUGCCACGUGGGCCGAGAUUCCGGAAUCCGAGGACCUGGCCAAGACUUUGGACGCGGAAGCUCACAGCAACCCGAUUGAGGCCUACAUUCACCGUGUUAAGCGUCACAUCAAUGACCUGCAGUACUUGCCCGCCUACCUCCAGACGAUUCCUGGUCGCCUGCUCAGCAGUAUCCUCGGGACUGAGGUUCUACAGAGCAGCGCCUCAUCUCUGCUGAGAGAUACUUUUGGCUUCAACAAGUUGGUCGUUCUGGCGACGAAGCGCGGCAAGCUAUAUGGGCUCGAUGUUGCUAACCACGGCCGCAUUGUCUGGUCCAAGUCGGCCAAGGAGACACCGUCCUCGACGCCCUGGGAUGUCCGGGCUAUCCAUGCCGAUGACGGCAAGGGCUUUGUGACCGUCCGUGGCGCAAAUGGCGAGUACAUUAUCGUCAAAGCCGACACUGGCAAGACUGUCGAGAGUAUGAACCCGGGACUUUGGCCCCCAGUCGAGAGUGCUGUGCUUGUCGACAGUGCUGCUGGUCCUUGGUUGCUUCCCAUAGGCACUGGAGGCAAGAUUGGCGACCUGCCACUCGAAUGGGCUCCUAAGCAGGUUGUUGUUACUCAAACCUCGUCGAACGAACUUCAGGGCAAGACCUUUGAGGCAAAGGGGGAGCAGGCCGUUGAGGUUCCAGCGUGGUUUUUCACUACCAAGCCAAGCCAGAAGAUUGUUAAUGUCGCAACAAGAUCGCUACAUGACCCUAUUGCCUCCAUUGGUCGGGUUCUAGGCGACCGAAGUGUCAAGUACAAGUACUUGAAUCCCAAUACUCUUGUAGUUGCAGCUGUGGACGAGUCUGCUUUCACUCUGACUAUCUCUCUCGUUGACUCUGUCUCUGGUCAAAUACUCACCACAUCGACAUUCGAGGGUGUUGAUCCAGCAAAGGAUGUUUCAUGCGCAAUCGCAGAGAACUGGUUUGCCUGCUCUUAUUUCGGCGAGUAUGCCCUUCGAGAAUCAUCAACACAAACUCUGAAGGGCUUCCAACUUGUUGUCACUGAUCUCUACGAGUCGGAGCUGGCCAAUGAUCGCGGCCCCCUCGGUGAUUCAGUGGAUUACUCGUCUCUCGACCCCAUUGAUUCUCCGAGCGGCCCCGUGGUGCCUUCUGUCGUUUCCAAGACAUAUGUUCUUUCUGGCCCGAUCAAUUCUCUGGCUGUGACGCAAACGAGGCAAGGUAUCGCUACACGCCAACUUUUGGCAUACGCUCCAGAAAUUCACGGUGUAAUUGCCAUUCCACGUAUGAUACUUGAUCCACGCCGGGUGGUUGGCCGUGACCCAGUCCCGGCUGAAGCCGAGGAGGGUCUAACCAAAUACUCCCCCAUCAUUGAGCUGGAUUCAAGAUGGUUGAUCACCCACGAGCGCGACGUGCUUGGUGUCGACAAGAUCAUUACUGCGCCCGCCAUCUUGGAAAGUACGAGCUUGGUUUUCGGGUACGGCAUUGACGUUUUCGGCACGAGGGUUACUCCCAGCAUGGCAUUUGAUGUCCUCGGAAAGGGGUUCAACAAAGUGACCUUGAUCGGCACCGUUGUUGCUCUCACCGCUGGAGUGUUGGCUCUUGGACCCAUGGUUCGUCGGAAACAAAUAAACAUGCGAUGGCAAUCUAGCACUUGA